UUGAAAAAUCCAUAAGUGAAAUCAUGAUUGCUUGUUUAGAACAGGAUGCAACAGAAAAUGAACCAAAUGUUGCUAACUUCAAAUCAGAAAAUCUGUCAAAUUCAUUUAAUAAAGUUCAAAAUACUAAUUUCAACUCUCAAGAAGCAUUUAACGGAAACACAGCACUUGAUAAAAAGAAUGAAACUACGCUGCUGCAAACAACUGAUGAAAUCACUUCAAUAACUAAUGAGCAAAUUGACCUAAAUGUGACUCAAGAAAUUGCAAAGCCAAACCAGACGGUAUUUGAUAAGGAUGCAGUGACAAAUCUUUUGCCUGAUGAUAGUUUUCUGUCUGAAAACGAAUCUAGUGCAAACCUGAGUCACAUAACUAAUCAAAACAUUUAUUCUGAAAAUACCAAUUCCAAUAUUUUAAAAUCUAAAACUUCUUUUCACAAUAACGCAAGUCAAUUACCAGACGAUGGACCAGACAAGCUGUGUACUCAAAACAGCGAGCAUUCAACAGAUCAACAAAUUGUCAAUCCAAACUUGUCUGCCGACGUCAAUACGCAAACAAAGUCAACUAAACAAACUAAUGAAUGUGAAAGCAAUGUCGAGAAUCUCAAUGAAGAACCUAUGGGAAGUGAGCACCUCAACAAAUUGAGUAAUUCUGUAACUGCUGAUGAUCAGAGCACUGUUGACAAUUGUCGCCAAAUUGAAUUACACCUCUCCAUUGAUGAUGUUAAGCCGUUUAUUGAAAAUCUUAAUGCAAACAGUACAGCGCAAAUUGAAUUUCCACCAACCGAAAGUCUGAUUUUCAAUUUAUCUGACUCAUCGACCAGUGUUAGCGAAGUUAAAAGAAAUGAUUUAACUGAAGCGGAAAAUUUGGGACAUGGUUAUUUGCAUUUGAAUGAUGAUGUAAACCAAGUUGAAAAUAUAGACGCCAGACUGGAUUGUCUAGAGAACAAAAUUUGCAACAUUUCCUGUCAACUCGAUGCCAUUGCUGAACAGUUGAUUGCCUUAGUACCAAUUUCUCAGACUUUUGAAAACCUUGAAUCAGAUAAAUUACCGCAAAAUACAAAUGAAAUGCCGGGAGAAAAGCGGCACAUUACACAUGAAUCUUCAACAAACAAGCAUUCGAUUUCUUUGGAGUUUGAAAAAGUGUUGCAGAAAAGUGAUCUUUCAUCAUCCAAAAAUGCAAAACUUCUUAAGCCAAACAGCGAUAAAGAGAACCUUGAGCAAAUAUUUGAAGUGCCAAACAAAGUUUCAACAAAAAAUAUUUUAUUGAAUCAACUAAAACACGAGAAAAUUUUACCAAUGAACGAACAGUUGACAACCAGCUCCAAAAUUGAAAAUAAUGAAAGUUCAACCGUCUUUAACCAAAAUCCAUCGCCUGCAGGUUCAUUUUUAACUUUGCAAGAUGUGGCGGAGUACAAAAAUAAUAUAGAAUCAAGAACAAAGAACAAUUCAGAGCCAUUAAUGUUUAAUGAAGAGCGAAACAAUGAAAAUCAAACUGAAUUGCAAAUACAUCAACUACCGCCUAAAGUGAUUGAUAAUCAACUUUUGAAAAUAGAGCAUUUUGAAGAGAACACACAAGAGAGUAGUAACAUCAUAACACAUCUCAGUGCGAAAAAUGACAAACUACUACCUGAACUACUGACAGAAAAUAACAAUACUGUCUCUUCUGAAAAUAAAUUACCUGACAUUGAAAAGGCUUCUUUUGAAGAUGAAAAGCAAAACUUGUUUGAUAUUGUCAAAGAAAACAACUUUGAGAUAUUUUCAAAUGAAACACUUGAAACAAAUUGCAAAAAUGAAGAAACAACGAAUCAAUCUUACUCGAUCGAUGCGAUAAACACAAUAAAGCAAAAUGAUGAAAUUUCAUACUUGCACAACUACUCCCUUUCUAAAUCUCAUCUUGUAAACUUUCAAUCUCUGAAUACUAACUUGAAAAAGUUCAAUCAAAACACAGAUUUGAAGCAUCAAAGUGAUCCAAUUACAACGGAUAACGAUGAUUUGGCAAAUGAAAUAAGUCAGCUACCAGUUGUCUGUCAGGAAAGUAGCAUGACUGUUCCAUUUCCUGAUGAUUUGCAAAUGAAUGCUGAGUCAAAUGCAAAUGGAGCUCAACCUCUUCCAGAGAGUACCACUCAAAAUGACACUUUUGUUACUGAAAAAACAGAUAUUUUGCCACCCAAUAACUUGACAAUUGCCAAACACAUCAAUUCAGAACAACAUCUGCCAGCUAAUUGUAAAACUGAAGAAACUGCAACUAUUGACUCGCACCAAAAUGAUCUGCAAAACAACAAAGUGAUUGCUACUUCAAGGAAAUUAAAUGUGCUAUCAGUAGAAAAGGAACCAUUAGCAAUUAAUUUAGACAAUGAAUCAUUUGAGUCAAUUAAUGAAGAGCAAAUAGAAUCUUUAGAAAACAGAAUUAGUAUAAUUGCCGAAAAACUUGAUGACAUUGCCAAAAAUUUGAUAAAUAUAGCCGAAUCUCAAACACCGUCUAAAAGCAAAGUCAACGAGUUGAACGAAUGUUACGAAAAUACCUCUUCGGAAAAACCAGAUCUAGAAAAAUUGAAAUUUGAACAGCAAAUAAUAUCGCAACAUUUUAUUCAGUCCAAUCACGCUAGCUCAAAUGACGAAAAUGAAAUCUCGCAGCAACUUGAGCACUUUGACUUAAAUGAAGCUAAAGAUUGUUUUACAAAAUGCAUUUCUGAUUUCUAUUCAAAUUCUACAGCACAGCCAAACUCUGAACUGAGCAAAGAGCAAACAAGGACUCUGUUGGUGCAACCUGAGCUGCAAACCUAUGCUUCAAGUACCAUCAAAAGCGAUUGCACAGAGGCAGACAGUGUUGAACAACCUUCCCUUACCACUGAAGUGCAGUCUAGUAAUACUGAACAAACAGAAACUUGUAUUCAAAAUAAUGAUGAAAGCUCGAUGCAAGAGUGUUUGACGGUAGUUAACGACAAACAACCAUUGAAUGAUUUCAAUGUCAACAAUGAAGAUACACGCAGUUGUGGUCAGACUGAUUCAAAUGACUGUGCUACUGAACAGAGGCAAGCUGGCUAUCCAAGUGGAGAAAUCGAAACUCUUUUUGGCCAAAUCAACAACGAGGCACACAAUUCUCUCUUUUCUAAAACUGUCACAACGCCUGAAAGUCUAUUGCCUGCUGAGAACAUCAAUGAAGUCGACAUGAAAAACGACGCUGACUUUAUUGGACAACCAACCAUGGAGACUGGUCACUCUAAUAACUUGAUGACAUAUGCAGAUGCUGUUAAGCUGUCAAAAGCUGGUUGCAAAGUCAAAUCUGAAGAACGAGACUCUCCGAAUGUUUCAAAUUUGUCAACUCAAACUUUAUCUUCUCAAAUAUCAACUGACGAGCUUCCCAACUCUCCAAAAAACAGCGAUCACUCUGAAAGUUCUUUAACCGACAUGAACAGAGUUACUUGCGACGAUGAUGCCCUCCUUGAAUACAUUGAAACAAGAGUGGACGUACUUGAUUCAAAGAUUAGUAAUUUAACUGAAUGGUUCCGAGAAUACUGCAAUGCUUCAAAGCGACCAGAACAUAGUGAGCAUCUCAUUUGGCCAAAACUGGAUAUGCUAACGAUUGAGCCUGCCAGUGAGUCUUUUGAGCAAAUAAACCAGACUCACUCAAUUGCGUCAGAAAAAAGUGAUUGCAAAGAAAACGACGAUUCAAGUGUUGAGCAAAUCUCUGGCAACAGUAUUAGCAGAAGUAAUUCUUUAUCAACGUACGACCGAAAUGUCAACAAGGAUGAUGCGUUUCAGCAAAACAAUGUUUGCUCUACAGAUUUGCCAGCAGAGCAGGAAAAUCCGCCAGCAGAAACACUUCAUAGAGAACAGGACGCUAGUUCAGCAGGCAACAUCUUUGAUGCCGAAUUAGAUGAAAUAAUUGAUAAUGAACUAGGUCCAGCUAGUGAUGAAAACGCCCCAUUAGACACAAAAAUAGACUCACCCACUGAAACUUAUGAAUUGAAUCACUCCGAAUUGCCUACUUUAACGCCAAAUGAGCUUCAGUCAAACGCCUUACCACCGAAUUGCUUAUCUGAAAAAUCAAACGAGCUUGAACAGUCAGUUAACCCUAACUACCAGCAAAAAGCAAAGGAGGCAUCACUUGAAAUUGAUUCUCCUAAAGAAGCAUCCACAGAGAUAAAUAGCUCGGCUGAGAAGCGCACCAAAACAUUGAUUCAACAACCUGAACUUGAGCAACAAUCGAGCUUACUGCAUGACACUCAGGUUCACGAUAGCAGUACCUCUAUUUCCACUGGGGAAAAUCUGAUUAAUGCGACACUUCAAACUGAUAAAAGCAGUGAAACAGAACAAAACGAGCUUGGUACCUCAACGAGUUCAAUGUUUGACGAGCAAGGCAGAGGAGACGCAUCAAGUAGCGUUUCGAGAGAAAAUUGUUUCACUGAUGCUCAAGAUUUUAAAGAAAGCUUUGAGAGAAAACCUCGCUUCAUUUCUGAUUUUAAGCAGCCCGUAUUGGCUUCAGCUCUCCGGCCAGAUUUUUUGCCCGACAUGCUACCUAUUGAAGAUGUAGGAAUGGAAUGUCAACAGCCAAAGGAUACUGUUUCUGAAAUGUCUCCAACUACUGAAGCAGUAACAAAUAAUCCUUCAGAAACAUCUGAAAACAUUCCUUUAAUUGAUCUAACCAGCGAAUUGUCUCCUGCUGAUGACAGCCUGUCUGUGUCCUUCAAUAAGUCUGCCCUUCAAGACGUCUCUGUCGGUCAAAACGUAGAAUCUAAAGUGCUAGAUUCAUUUUCAAAGAAGAGCAAACUGAAUGUUACCAUCAAGACAAAGCAAGCAAACUCUUCUCGAUUACUUGAAAGUGAACAGCAAUUUUCAUCAAAUGCAGACAUUCCUUCAACUGUUGCGCCAACCAACGACAUUAAGGAAAUUGCCUUUGAAAAUGCGGAUGCCCAUCUCUCCGACAACAAAAACAUUCCUUCAACUGUUGCGCCAACCAACGACAUCAAGGAAAUUGCCUUUGAAAAUGCGGAUGCCCAUCUCUCCGACAACAAAAGCGCCAAGAAUGCAAAUGAAACAUUUAACUCGGAGUUUUGCAAUCAAAACAGCGGUGCUGCAGAGAUGGUUUCUCCUGGUUCCCCAAUCCUUGCUGGCGAGUAUUUGGCGGAUAGUGAGAGUGUUCCACAUGAAGACGAUGACCUCAUUGCAGCAAAGUGUCAUCUGAACGAUACUGACGGCGGCAUUGGCAAAGAGGAGCGACCACUUGACGUGCGCCAGCUAAGCGUGGGAGAUACCACUGAUACGGUGCGCAACUUGUCCACAGUGCCAGCCAUUGACCGCGCUGAUAUCGGCCAGGCAGCCGCAUCAGUCUCGCCUCAAUCAGCAAUUCCUGACUCUCAGUUGAUGCAAUCAAAGUCAUCUAGCACAUCACGUGACAACAUUUUUAAUGAGCCGGCCGAAUCUCAGCCUCGACCUUCUCUGCCCAGGGAGCAGCCUAAUCGUCCUCCAUCAGGGAACUUUUUCUCUCGCAACUUUGGUCGUGUGGCCCGAUACUCGCUUCCCUGUUACCUGUUACCCUUACUACUUUUGCUGAUUCUCCUCAUAUUUCCCCACAGCGAAAGUGACUUCAACUGUCUGAUGCAGUUUGACGAAUAUCGCUCAGGCAUUAUGAAAACCUACCAGGACGGACCGCCACCGGUGUAG